AUGGGGCUAUCACUAUCAAGGAUCUACGGAUCACUGUCCUCGUUGGCGUUCUGGGGUAAAGAUAAGGAAGUCAGAAUAUUAAUGGUCGGUUUGGAUUCUGCUGGUAAAACAACUAUAUUAUAUAGAUUACAGAUUGGAGAAGUCGUUUCUACUAUUCCAACAAUCGGUUUCAACGUCGAAACGGUUUCAUAUAAGAAUAUAAAUUUCCAAGUUUGGGAUCUAGGUGGUCAAUCAAGUAUUAGACCUUAUUGGAGAUGUUAUUAUGCCAAUACUCAGGCGAUAAUCUACGUUAUUGAUUCGUCCGACGUAUCAAGGUUAGCAACAUCACGUUCCGAAUUAUUAACAAUGUUAUCAGAAGAUGAAUUGAAAUCAGUACCAGUAUUGGUAUUUGCAAAUAAACAAGAUGUGGAAGGAUCGUUGAGUCCAGGUGAAAUAAGCGAUAAAUUGGGUUUGGCAGGUCAGGAAAAAGGAAGAGAAUGGAGUGUUAGAGGUAGUUGCGCUGUUAAAGGUGAUGGAUUAGAAGAAGGUUUAGAUUGGUGA